UAUUAUUAUUUUUAUAAAAAUUAAGGAAAAGAAAGAAAGAAAGGACCAUAGUACUGCGAGGUCGACACACAUACUCACCGGCGCAUCCCUCAGCCGCCGAUUACCGGUAUCGUGUGUGGAUCCACGGCGGAAGCUCUGUUCUUCGACGGAUCGGGGAGCUUUCUCGCCGCCUAUGAAUAGCCAGCUUUGGAUGUAUGGCUUUCGAAAAGAUCUGUUUCAGCCACUCACCCAUAUGCUUUUAAGUCAGUGGCCUUGAAAAAGCACUAGUUCCACCUCAGUCUUCGCCGGCAUUUCGACUUGACAUCCCCUCCGCCACCGUUGGAUCACUCUUGCCGACUUCCUUUCUGCCUGAGUGUGUAACUACGUAUUCAGAGCUAGGGUUCCAAUGAGGUCUCUUCAGAAAGCCCACGGCCAUGGGAAGCGACCUACGGUUAUAUAUUUGGUGUUCGCUGCUGCAUUUUUCACCCUUCUUGUUUUCGGAAUCCAAUUCUCUUUGUUCACAGGUGCUCCUUCCAAUUCCAGCCAAAACAAAUUCCAGAAGUUAGAUCUAAAGACUCUUCAACAUGUCCGAAUUCUUGAGGAGUUUCAGUCCAAUGUUCAACAAUGCGUGGCAAACAGAGGUCUUGGACUCACUGCACAUAUAAUUGAUCACUGUAACUUGGUCCUUAAGUUUCCCCAAGGCACUAACAGCACCUGGUACAAUGAGCAAUUCAAAGUUUUUGAACCAUUGGAGUACAAGUACAACAUUUGUGAGACACUUCUACUAUGGGAACAGUAUCGUAACAUGACUACAGUGCUCACUAGAGAGUAUCUAGAUGUUCGGCCGGAUGGGUGGGAAGACUAUGCAGCAAAAAGGAUAGCACAGUUGGGAGCUGAUAAAUGCUACAACCGGACACUCUGUGAGGAACACCUCAAUUUGAUUUUACCAGCAAAACCCCCUUUCCAUCCUCGACAAUUCCGCACCUGUGCAGUUGUUGGAAAUUCAGGAGAUCUUUUGAAGACUGAGUUUGGAGAAGAGAUUGAUGGUCAUGAUGUUGUAAUACGAGACAAUGAAGCUCCUGUUAAUAAGAAAUAUGCCAAGUAUGUUGGGCUGAAGAGGGAUUUUCGACUUGUGGUUAGGGGUGCUGCUCGUAACAUGGUUACUAUUCUAAAUGGGUCCGAUACCGAAGUACUCAUAAUCAAAAGUGUGAUACACAGAGACUUUAAUACAAUGAUCAAGAAAAUUCCAAAUCCAGUUUAUCUUUUUCAAGGAAUUGUGUUGCGCCGUGGUGCAAAAGGAACCGGAAUGAAAUCCAUAGAACUAGCACUCUCCAUGUGUGACAUUGUUGACAUUUAUGGUUUCACAGUUGACCCUGGGUAUACUGAAUGGACGAGAUACUUCUCUACACCCAGGAAAGGGCACAACCCACUUCAAGGAAGAGCAUACUACCAGCUCCUAGAAUGCCUUGGUGUUAUUAGGAUCCAUUCACCCAUGAGAUCUAAUAGGAAGCAGGACUGGGCAGAUGUGCCAACUAGAGAAAUGAUAAGCAGAGCUCAUGCAGCGGCCUUGUUUUUGAAGAGGGGUGAAACUGGUGAUUUGGGUCAGUUUGGUAGUUGUAAGGUGUGGGGGAACGUGAGCCCUGAAAGCGACGGACCUGUCUCGGGGUCUCCAGAUAUGAGCAGUGUAAGAAAGUCUUCAAAUUACAGUAAAUGGGAAGUUAUGCCUUUUGAGAGUUUGAGAAAAGCAGCACAGGAACACUAUCAUCAAAUGGAGGGAGUGUCCCUAUACAAAAUGGAUGGAAACAAAUUGGAUGAUUUAGUUUGCGUGAGACACUCAUAACAUGAUUGCACCUAGAGCUAUUUCGUAAUGGCAUUCUAACACUGCUGUUGUAGAGAAGAGUAAGACGACGAGGCCCCGCCCCCAACCAGGUUAGGUAUUCCCAUUUUCUUCUGGAAAUUCAAGUGAAAGGGCUUGUGAAUUGAGCUUGUGCUGCUACUCUGUGGAUGCUAGACUAUUAUAGGAUGAACUAGCAUGAGUAGCAGCAGUGGCGGUCAUCGGUCAUUGGAAACUAUAAACUGCCUUGUGUUGUUGGGCAAUUACAAUGUAUUUCAUUUUAAUGAAAAUUACAGAGAAAUGUUACAAAGUGUUGCAAAGAAUAUACAACUGUUGAAAUACUGUAUUUUUUUUAUAUUUUUUUGGGGAUGGGUGGUCAUAUUUCGAUUUUGUAUGUUCUUUUGUUCUUCUAUAAAUCUGUGUUUUUUUUUCAA